AUGCAUAUAAAAUCAAUAAACGGUAGCAAACUUGGGAAGGUAUUGUUCUCUGACGUAGUAAUGUCGAAACCUGCCUACAUUAAAAGUUGAUCGCGCUCGUGCUGAGUUCGAAAUUGGAAACGUAUACUGGAAAGUAUAAUGCCAAGAAGUCCAGCCGCUUAAAGCAACAAUAUUUGGCCAAUAGCUAGUGUUGAAAAUGACUCGAUGACUGCGGAAUGCGAACUGGAUUUGUAAACGCAGCACCGAGGCCUAGCAGGAGUACACGCCUAAGUUUCGACAUCAGUUUCGCUGGCUGUUACACUAAAAUUAGCCAGUGGACAUUUGUAUUAAAUUGUACUUCCUAUCGCGUACAAUUCAAAACCAGCGAUUAUCGUGGAGUUGUACGUUUGUGCUCUUAAUUAUUUCUUGUGGAAUUUAGAGCGAAUUUAAAUAGAGCAAGAUGAAAAACUAUUUGGUGAUAGUUUGUGUCGCUUUUGUUUUGGCAAUAUUUAUUGAAAAUGUUAGUCCAUGUGCCUACCCCCGAGAUUGGAAAAUAUUACCACUGAAAGACAGAAUAACUCAAGCAAAUACCGUAGUUCUGGGAUAUGUGGAAAAUUUGUAUCCAAGCAAAGAGACUGCGGAAAUCUUCCAUAGCAACAAUACAGUGACGCAUUUACCAAGAUAUUACACAGCUAAGGUAGUGUUACAGUGCGCUUUCCACGGCAAGUACUCGAAGACAGUACAAUCGGUAUUCAACGUGUCAGUAGUCAACACAGGAUUAUCGUGUGGCUACACUAAAGUGAUGAAGCACCAGAGUUACAUACUCAUGUUGAACGGCAGUCUGUCAUCUACAGAGCUACAGCCAAUGGAAAUUAACCAUCAAUCCGCUGCUACUCAAGUCACUGAACCAAGUGUGGAUGUGAUUCGAACCGAGUUUGGAUUCGAUAUUACUGAACAUGAUGGCAAGUAUACCUGCCAGCGAGCAUCGGUAACAGGACCAGAGAAAAAUCUUAAGCGGAUGGAUCCAGCAAUGGUGAUCGGCAACGGCAAGACGAAAGACAAUAACAGUGCCAACAUCAUCACAAAUGCCGGGUUAAUAUUAACUCUCACCGGUGCUUUCCUGAUCUCUGGCCUCUUUUGAGGUACUUCUUAUAAUUUUGGACAAAAUUAACCACUUGUAGACAUACUUUAACGAAUUUCUCACAAUGAGGUGCGAUUAGUGUCAGCAUUCAGUUUGUCAUGGAUCAGUGGUACAAAUGAAUCCAAAUGUCACUAAAUCUCAGUGAAUAGGACUACCAUAGGCUAAACUACAGACCCAAAAUUUACGACUAGUCAUCCGACAAUAUAAAUAGGCUAUCGAGCAGUCGAGUCCACACUAAACAGUUUAUUUGAAAAGCUCAUGUCGUAGAAUACAAUUAGUCUAAAGUAAUAACGUCCUUUUUUUUUCAGUAUGCGUAACAUCAUUCGUCGAUUUAUUGGCAAGAUUAUCACAUUACACAUUCCUGAUAAUUUCUCCAUAAAGAUUUGUCUUGUAGAUACAAUGUGGUCAAAUACAGGCCUAGACAUAUAUUCUUUU